AUGUAAAAUACGUAGAUAAGUUGAACGACAAGAUUUGUGGACGACUUCUUUCUUGUGACAACUAUGACGUCAUAACUCACGACGACAAUUGGAUUGGCAGCACACAUCUGUCAUCUCUUCGUCUGUGGAUCUGGUGACUUCAUUUGGGCUAAAAAUGUCACAAGAACCAGGCAUCCCUUUCAACCGACAGUUGAGAAACGCAACAAAAGAAAUUCACUCCAUUUCUGACUCACUGGUGAACGCAAAGCUAGCAUUCGCCAUGUCAGACAAUGACAUCUGGGCGGAGGGACUGCUCGUCUUCUAUGAAAUUUUUCGAUAUUUGGAAGAAGCGAUGGAACGACACUGUGGCGAACCGCUCGGCGAGAUGUUUAUCGACGGGAUGAGAAGGACGGAAGCAUUCGAAAGCGACCUCAACUUCUACCUAGGAGAUAACUGGCGUCGGAACUACACGAUAAGAGAGAGUGUCGGGAAUUACCUCGCCCAUCUGCGCAAACUUGAGGCCGACAAUCCAAAUCUGCUCAUCGCCUAUGUGUACCACCUGUACAUGGGCUUGCUCUCAGGGGGACAGAUACUUAUGAAGAAGCGUUCCCUCCUUGAAAAAGUCAACGCAACGAACAAGGAAAAAGAAGGAGCUGCAGUGACGGAUUUUUCAAAUUUGAGUAUAUUCAACCUCAAGAAGGAAAUUAUAAACAAGAUCAAUUCCCUUGCUGAGUACUUUGACAACGAAACAAAAGACGCCAUUAUCUCGGAGAGUAAAAGGGUCUUUGAGUUGAACAAUGAACUAGUACAUAGCAUUAAAGGCACAAAUUCUGUCUUGCUCAGAAAAUUUAUUAUCGCCAUUUGUGUUCUCAUAUUCUGUUAUUGUAUAUUAAUAAAGUUAAAAUUUUAAUAGGUUUUUUCGUUUUAUUUAUUAAAAAGUUGUAUUCUACUGUAUUUUAAGCGUAAAUGAUAAAAU